AUGCACGACGCACAUGAGGGUAUUAUCUGGCGGUCGGAGAACGAGGGAAAGUCUUGGAAGCAGGCCGAUGAGGUGAAAGACGUCACCUUGCUCGUCGAGCACCCCUACGAUAAGGCCGUCGCCUUCGCGAUCGGACGAGACACGACGCACUACGCUACUUACAACCGCGGCGAGAGCUGGCAGUCCUUCAAGUCGGAACACCCAGCUACGCUGAGCAGCAAACCACUGUCCUUCCAUGCUACCAAGCCGGACUGGAUCAUCUUCCAGGCGCAGAAGUGCGAGAAGGGCAAGGGCCACUGGCCGUGGGGCGGGAGCAAGACGUGCUAUGGCGAGUCGUAUUACACGACGGACAUGUUCCACUCUGAGCUCCAGCCGCUGCUGCCUUACACGACGCAGUGUAUGUUUGCGCACUCGGAGAAGGAGAUCGAAGCCGACGACAACCUACUGCUUUGCGUCGCUUCACCGAACAUGCCGGACGAGGCGGGUCACUCCGAGAGCAGGCUGUAUUCGUCUAAGAAUUGGUUCGAGACCAAGACGUACGUCGAUCUUGGCAUUGGCAAGUACGCUAAGGGUGUCGUUGGACUCGGCAUCGUGUCCAAGUUCAUGGUCGUUGCUGUGCGCUCCGGUGCCGAGCUUCAGGCUCGUGAGGGCGAUCCCAUGCACAUGUUCGUUUCGACCGAUGGCAUCAACUGGAACCAGGCCCAGUUCCCGCACUCAGCCUUGCCGAACCUCAUCGAGAACGCGUACACGAUCGUUGACUCGUCCAAGCACUCGAUCAUGGUCGACAUUCUUCAGUCACGUCGCGCAGGCAUCGGCUCGCUUUUCACAUCGUCCGGCGAGGGCAAGUACUUCGUUGAGUCGCUGCAGAACACAAACCGCAAUGCUCGCGGCAUCGUCGAUUUUGAGCCGCUGAAGGGUCUCGAGGGUGUCGGUAUUGCCAACAUUGUCUCGAACAAGGACGACGUCGUGGACAAUCAGGCGGACAAGAAGCUUCAGUCGGUCAUCACGUUUGACGACGGCUCCAACUGGCACUAUAUCGAUGCUCCAGAGACCGAUAUGGAGGGAAACAAGUACCGGUGUGACUCGGACUACUGUGCUCUUCAUGUUCAUGGUGUCACCAAGUCGCACAACAUGGGCACCGUUUUCUCGUCGACCGCGCCAGGUUUCGUCAUGGCUGUCGGUUCCGUUGGCGACUAUCUGCUUCCUUACGACGAUUGCGACACGUUCCUCUCGACUGACGGCGGCGUGUCCUGGAAGAUGAUCCAGGAGGGCGCGCACAAAUACGAGUUCGGCGACCAGGGCAGCAUUCUCGUCAUCGCCGACGACGAAGAGCCAACCGACCACGUGCACUACAGCUACGACGGUGGUAACGAGUGGAUCAAGCUCGACUUGGGAAUCACGAUGCGUGUUGCUGUUCUCACGACAAUUCCGGACUCGAAGUCGCAAAAGUUCCUCGCACUCGGCCAGAUUCCGCGCAAAGAGGCGGGUAAGGAUGGGCGCUACGCCAGCGUAUUCCUCGACUUUGCCAACCUACAGACCCGCCAGUGCAAGGACAGCGAUUUCGAGAAGUGGUACAUGCGCCGCAACAACAACGAUGAGUGCAUCAUGGGCCACAAACAGUGGUACCGCCGCCGCAAGCUCGAUGCGCGUUGCUAUGUUGGCAAUAAGUUUGAAGACCCCGUCGGUCACGAGGACAGUUGCCCGUGCACAGAGGAGGACUACGAGUGCGACUUCAACUUUGUGCGCCAGGACAAUAAGUGUGUCCCCGCCGGUCCCGAGAUUGUGCCCCCCGGAACGUGUCAGAACAAAGACGACACGUACAUGGGCUCCAGUGGGUACCGCCUGAUCCCCGGCAACACGUGCGACCGCAACAAGGGCAAGAAGCUCGAUGAGAAGGUCAAGAAGCAGUGUGGCGACGCCAAACCCGAGGACGGCAAGGUUUCUCACGUCACGCACCCGUUCGACAGCAAGAUCGACCGCUACCUCUACUUCUCUGAGUCAGAGACGAUCCUGCUGCACAUGGCGGACGGCACAGUGUGGCAAUCCCGCAAUGAAGGUUACUCGUGGAGUCAGGUGCGGGAGGACCGCAAGUUCCUCGCGAUCACCAUGCACCCUAACGACAAGGAGCGCGCCUACCUGUUCACGACCGACCGCAUCAUCAUCUACACGACCGACACGGGCAGGACAUGGCAGCAAAUGAACCUGCCGAUGGACCCCAACUCGCUCGGCAUUCCGGCGCUCGACUUCCACCCGACACAAUCGGACUGGCUCAUCUAUACUGGCAGCGAGGGAUGUGCGGACACGAUUUCUCCCAACUGCCACGCCAAGGCGUUCUACACGACCAACAACGGCCGCGACUGGCAGGGCAUCGAUACGUACGUUAGGACCUGCACUUGGGCGCGUGACGAGAAGCUCAAGAUUGACGAACGCUUGAUCCUCUGCGAGAGCUACAAGGACAAGAGGGGAUCGCAGCGGUCGCCGGACGGAAACCCGCUGGAGUUCAUCGCUGGCCGGAACUAUUACCGCAACAAGGAGAAGCUGUUCGACAACGUCGUGGGCUCAGCGACAUUUGCUGAAUACCUCGUCGUUGCAGAGCUUGAGGGAGACAGGAGCCAGCUUCGCUUGCAGGUGUCCAUGGACGGCAAGCACUUCGCGGAAGCGCAGUUCCCGCCGAGCAUCACCCUCGACAACCACGCGUACACGAUUCUGGAGAGCAGCACCAAGGCACUCUUCGUCCACAUGACGAUGAGCGCGGCCAAGGGCGCCGAGUUUGGCACCAUCUUCAAGUCCAACUCAAACGGAACGUACUACGGCAUGUCCAUCGAAAAUGUGAACCGCAACGCCGCCGGCUACGUCGACUUCGAAAAGAUGAUCGGCCUCGACGGUAUCGCAGUCGUCAACGUCGUCGCGAACCCUGAGGAUGCCGAAAUGAGUGGCAAGAAGAAGCUUCAGACGCGCAUCACGCACAACGAUGGUGGAUCCUGGAAGCGCCUCAUCCCGCCUGCCAAAGACUCGCUCGGCCAGGAGUAUGACUGCCGCCGUACGUCGUGCUCUCUCCAAUUGCACGGAUACACGGAGCGACGCGAUCCUAAGGCGACGUAUAGCUCCCCUUCGGCCGUUGGUCUCAUGCUCGGCGUAGGCAACGUCGGCGAGGAGCUCGCCGCGUACGAUGACUCGGACGUUUUCCUCACCCGCGACGGCGGAUUCACCUGGGAAGAGGUGCACAAGGACGCGCACAUGUGGGAGUACGGCGACAGUGGAACCAUCAUUGUUCUCGUGAACGACGAGGAGCCGACCGACCACGUGCUGUACACCCUCGACGAGGGUCUGACAUGGAACACGUACAGCUUGGGAGAGAAGCUGCGCAUCGAAACCAUUCAGACGGUGCCGCAGGACACCUCGCGCCGCUUCUUCCUCAUCGGCCACUCCCCUAGCAGCGGAGGCAAGUCGAAAUCGACGCUCGUGCACCUCGACUUCUCUGCGGUCCAGACGCGGCAGUGCGAGCUGAAGGAGGACGACCCGAACCAUGACGACUUUGAGCUGUGGUCCCCCUCCGAGAACCGCCAGGAGGAGUGCCUAUUCGGCCGACAGGUGCUCUACCGCCGCCGCAUCCGCGACCGCGACUGCUACAUCGGCGAGCAGCUGACGCAGCCGCAAAAGAUUCAGAAGAACUGCACCUGCGCUCCCGAGGACUUUGAAUGCGAGUUCAACUACUACCGCAACAGCGAGGGCCAGUGUGUCCUCGUUGACGGCGCACAGCCCCUCGCCAAGGAUACAGAGGAGGAGCAGUGCUACGUCAACGGACCCAGUGAUGGCUUCUGGUACGAGCGCACCGCGUACCGCAAGAUCCCCUACAGCAGCUGCGUUGGUGGCGAGCGUCCGGACCAGGGACCGAAGCAUGCCUGUCCCGGCCUCAUCGGCGGCGGAGGCAAGAGCGGCAUGUUCUGGGCGACGAUCGCCCUCAUCCCCUUCGCGGCGGCCGGACUCGCAGGAUACUGGUACAUGCAGAAGGGCGGACGGGCGGGCGGUAUCAGGCUCGACGAGCACCGCGCGUAUCGCGACAACCAGGUACUCGCUACGCUGGCCUCUGUGCCGUACUUCCUCCUCGGUCUCAUCAGCGUCGCCUGGGGAGCGGUGGAGAGGAAUCUCCCCUCCUGGGCUCGACGGGACGGUGGCCUCGGAUUCAGGAGAGGAUACGAGACGCUGCCCAUCGAUGAGGAUGCGGAGAUCCUCGGUGGUUAUGAGGAUGACGAAGAGGUGUAG